AUGCAAAACGAUUGGAUUAAGUGCAUCAGACAAGAAAUAAAUGAUUUCAAAUGGCCUCCAUCAAAAAAUGCAAGAAUAUGCAGUGACCAUUUCUGUAAUAAAGAUUAUAAGGGUUAUGAUGGAGAAAGGAAGGUAAUGCUGAAGAAAGCAUUCCCAUGUUUUCAAGACAUUAAGAAAGUAAUCUUGUCAUACCUGUUCAAUAAUUUUAAUAAGAUUGUUUUAAAUAACUAUUCUCAAUGUCAUUUUAUUAACACUACAUUAAAAGGUGGCUACAAAACAUUGAUGCAAUUUUCCGAAAUUAGUAAAUAUACGAUCGUAACUUAUGACUUGGGCGAUAAAAAAUCACCCUCCAAUUUUCCUCCGGAAGGAGGGUACAUGAAGGCUAAAAUGGACAAACUUGAAAAGCAGUCCUGUGCAAAAGAAAAGCGUUCGAACAUUUUCAGAGGAAUCUCAAUAUAUGUCAACGGAUACACAGAUCCGACAUCGGAGGUGCUGAAGAGGUUGGUGACGGAGAACGGUGGGACCUACCAGUACUACUACCUGAAGUCCAGGGUCAGCCACAUCAUCGCCACCAACCUGCCCAAGAGUAAGAUCGCUCAUCUUAGAGACGAAAAGGUUGUCAGACCCAACUGGAUUGUGGAUAGUGUGUCAGCUGGAAAAUUGAUUCCCUGCCAGAAUUAUCUGCUCUACAAUCAGCAUUCAACUUUUUUUGACAGCCUGAAAGAUUUCACUAGCAGCAAAUCAGUGAUGAACUUGAACACCUCCAAGCCCUCCACCUCAUUCCUCACCUCUUUUGAAAAUUCGCUCAGCCCAACAACAACAACAGCUAACAAUGACGUCACCAUGGAUGUUUCUAAUGAUGAAGAAGCACCAGCCAUCAGGGUUAAGAAGGUGGGCAACGAACUUAUUGAUGACCAUUUAAAUGACCAACUGCCAGCCUAUGGAGAGGCUGAUGAUUGGGGAGAGGAUGAUGAGGAAGAUGAAAAUGUUUCUGAAUGUUUGAGAUCAACUGAUCAUUUGCAAGAUGUUUCUCGUGUCUCUAACUCAUCAUCCGCUAAUGCUGAAGGUGAUGAUGCUACUCAACUAAAUCAAUCCUCAAAUAUUUCAUCGGAGCCAUUAAAUAGAAAUGAAAAUCUAAGAGAACACCAUCAACAUUCACCACAACCACAAUUGCCACCAGCGAAUCCUUCAAUCAUAUCCAAGCAGUCACCUGCUGGCGGUUUUCAAAUCAACAAUGUCUCGGAAUUCUUCAACAAAAGUCGCCUGCACCACAUCUCGCAAUGGAAACUCGACGCCAAGUCGUACGUGACGCGGCUUCAAAAAUUGGCCACCAAGUCUGGUUCGGGUGGCGUUCAUAAAUUUCCUGGUAGGGAGAAACUGAUGAAGUUGAAGAUCACUGAGGAAGAUGUGGUUCCGGUGGUCCCAAAUGGAGAUGGCGAUGUCUACAUUCCAGAGGCUUCAAAUGGAGACGAACGAGUGUACGCACACAUUGAUCUCGACUGCUUCUUCGUGUCGGUAGCUCUUAUCAAUAGGCCCGAUUUGAGGGGCAAACCCUUAGCUGUGACUCAUCUGAGAGCCGAUGAUGCCAACAGACAAGGUUUCAAUUCCAAGUCCGACAUAGCGUGUUGUAGUUAUGAAGCGAGACAAGCAGGUGUACAGAAUGGAAUGCUGUUUGGCCAUGCAAAGAAGCUGUGCAACGAUUUGGUGGCUGUGCCCUACGACUUCGAGGCCUAUCAGAGAGUUUCUAAAGUUUUCUACGAUGUCAUCCUAAGUUUCACACUGUACGUUGAGGCAGUCAGCUGUGAUGAACUCUUUGUCGAGCUCACCCAACUUAUGAAGGUAACCUCAGCAACAGCCGAAGAGAUUGUGACUUGUAUGAGGAAGGACGUGUUUGAGAUGACGCAAUGUACCUGCUCCUGUGGCGUCGGUAGCAACAUGCUGGUAGCCAGGCUAGCCACGAGGAAGGCCAAACCGGACGGUCAACAUUUCGUGGAGCGAGGGGGUGAGAGAGAAUUCAUGAGGGGUGUCCAGGUGCAAGAUCUGCCCGGCAUCGGCUACUCGUUGCACGACAAACUCAAAUCAAUGAACCUGGUGACGUGUGGCGAUGUGCUCAGACAGAGAACCACCCUCCACCAGCUCCAACAAACAUUCGGCAGCAAGAUGUCUGAAGCGGACAGCUUCUUAGCCGACCUCUCAAAGGAGGUCAGCAGACGUCUGACCUUGAUAAACAAAAAGGGCAAGCACAUCACGUUGAAGGUCAAGGUGAGAAGUGCUGGUGCACCUAAAGAGUCCUACAAAUAUAUGGGACACGGAAUAUGUGAUAACGUCAGCAGAUCAUCUACAUUAAAGGUGGCGACCAACCAGGCUGACGUCAUCAGCAGGGAGUGUGCGAACCUUUUCAGGACCUUUAAGAUUGGUAUUCAGAUCUCAUCACUGGAAAGUACUGCACAGCAUCGGCAGCAUCUCACAAUCAGCAGCAGCAGCAGACCUUCCUCCUCAUUGUCGACAUCAACCAAUCACACGAACAACAUCAGGAAAUACGCGACGAAGAUGGAUGCACCUUUGCAGCGGCAUAUUACAAACGAAAGUGGGGCAGAUGUUAACGAAACUCUUCACUUUAAUGAUGAUAAUAAUAAUAAUAAUAAUAAUAAUAAUAAUAAUAAUAAUAAUAAUGACGAGUUUUCACUUUCUAUGUCUCAGAUCGAUUUGGAAACAAUGAGGGAACUCCCUUCCGAGAUACAAAAUGAAAUCAGAGAGGCUCUGUGCAACAAGAAGUUGAAACAACAACAUCAACAAAACGAUGUUCACAACAAUAUCGUCAGCAACAACAAAAAUAAUAAUAAUAAGCAAAACGACGUUAGCGAUAAAAGGGAAAGAAAUAUAAUUGAUAGUUUCAACAAUGUUGAAAAAAUUCAACAGCAACAUCAACUGCUGUUGCUGCGACACAUCUUCAACCAGCGGCGUAGCUCGGCUCAAGUCGAUGAAGCUUCGAGUCGAAUCGAGUCGAAUCGAAUCAGCUUGAAGGCCCAAACCAAGCCGAGCUUCCAACUGAGCGUAUCACGUUGGAAUUGA